CCAGCAGACACCUCGUCUUGCACCCUCAAUUUUACCUCUCCCCCCCCACCCCCUUCUUUUCGCUUUUCUUUCUUCAACCGACAGCGGUUGUGGUUCUCUUCACGUUAAACCCUAUCCUGCCCUGUUCUUCCCAUCCAUCCUUUACCCGCCAAAACAUCAUCUACAACAACGACAGCAUCCCGGGAAAUAAGAACAAUCUACUCUAUUCAUUUCAUCGAACCUAGAACCUGAACACCCCUUUGGUUUCUUUUUUCUUUUCCUGCCCUCUUCACGACUCCGCCAACUUCCCAGCAAACAAACAAGAAAAAUGGCGCUUACGACACAACAAAACCAACAACGAUCACAUCAACCCUCGUCCUGGUGGGCGAGGACCCUUGUCACCCUCGCCGUCCUCGCCACAGGAACCCAGGCCGCCUGUAUCUCUCUCGGGGGCUCCACAGCGUGCCCAUCCUAUGCAGGAUUCCAGGUGGACAACACUAUCGUCAAGACCGUUGCCCAGUAUGGUAUCAUCAUGCCGGCCUUCACGAACGUGGCCGAGUUUGACCAAGCGGUGUUCAACGCGACGGGAUUCCAGACGGCGUCUGAUUGUACGGGCUACAACAGCACGGUCCGGAUCCCUUACCAGAACACGGUACUGUGCACGAUCGCGGUCCUGGAUGCGACCUCGCUCAAGUGCAAGGGCGGGUCGACCAAUACUAAUACGACGGGGACGUUGUGUGAUUCAUCCUGCACGCUGUACCAACAAGGGUUGAGAGCGAUGGUCGAUAGUCGUUGUCCAAAGGCGACGGACUCGGUCCAGGGUCUGGCUGAUGUUACGACGAUCUGUUCGAGAAAGGAUCCUGCCUCUUGGGGGGGACUUCAGGAUACUUCGUCGACCUGUGUGAAUUCGUUGCAGAACGAGAUUGCCACUUGUGGUCUGGGAUCGGUGGUCGAGAAAUGUACGUUCUGCAGGAACAGCACCAACACAACAGCGGAAUGCUGCAAGGAUAUGUCGCAAUGCCCCGCACCAAGCCCAACAAUCACAGGACCGAGCACGACUUCACCCUAUAUGACUCCACCCACCAACACCAUGACCCACGGCAACGAUCCUCCUUCGUCUAACACGGGAUCCUCCUCAAAGACUUUGGGCGCCAUCAUCGGAGGAUCCGUCGCGGGCGUGCUCGUGCUCGCCAUCGUGGCGUUCCUCUGCAUCCGUCGGUCGAGGCGGGCUACGAACCCGAAGGGAGGCAAUCUUUCGCGUCAGGUCUCGAGCGCGAGCGGUCGGUAUAAUAUCUCGGCGCCGAAAUUGCAGGAGGAGGGCCUUGUCUCGGCAGCACCGAUCCCCAUGACAACCCUGCCACCGAUCAAGGCAGAGAAUUCGUCGUUUGGGAUGAUAGGCGCAGCUACGGGCGCGGCUGCUGCAGGCGCAGGCGCAAAAGUAGGAGCGGGACGGGAAGCGACAGGCAAGCAGUCGUACUGUCAGGCACUGUAUCCUUACCAGGCCUCGAUGGCGGAUGAGCUGGACUUAACGCCGGGCGAUAUCAUUAAUGUGCAACGGGUCUUUGACGACGGCUGGGCUGUGGGUGUGAACAUGAACACGUCGAACGAGGGAGCCUUCCCGGUGGUGUGUGUGAUGUUUGUGGACGAGAGCGCGUUGGAUGACGACUUUGAGGACAUGAAUAUCCAUUCGAUGACGCCGAUGACGUUGCGGGAGGAGGACGAGGGCAGACGGUCAACGUCGGGACGGAAUUCGCCACGAUCUUCGUUGCCGUCGCGGUCAUCUUCACCGGUGCAUCUGCCGAGGAGGAAUUCAUCGAUUCGGGAUAGUACUGUGAUUAUCUCGGGAUCGAAUCCGAUGACGAGCAGUCCUCUGGCGGGCGGACAGGGCAGUAUUGGAAGGACGAAUACGCCGCCAGUUAUUAGGGACACGAUGAUGAGCGAUGCUAGUUCGAUUAACCGUUGGUGGGGAGGGGAAAAGUAGGGGAGCGCGAUUGAAAAAAAAGUGGAUGUGUUAGGCUGUGGAUACGUAUACUUGACC